AUGACUGGAUCCUAUAUUGUGAGAAAUGAUCCUCGUGGCCGCGACUUUCUAAUGAUGUGGGCGAAGAGUUUCGAGGUUUAUCGAGACCGUUUCGGGAGCGACAAUGCUGCUGUGCAUAGUGCAAUCGUUCGACGCUAUCUCCCAAAAUUGGAAUCGAGUCUGGCUAAAUGUGAAUAUUGGUGGAAAUUGACCGAACAAUAUUGUCGUCUUUUUCUUUAUGAAGUCUGUGUUCGAAAUCUCCUCGACAACUUUGACAUUCCAGGCGUUCAGUUCCUGGAGAAAACCUAUUCCUAUGUGCGGGAUGGAUGGCUGACUGGAGGGAAAUUCAGUCAACAUGAUUUCAUCUUUCACAAUUGGAAAGAGAAAGUAAAAAACAAUCGAGCCGCAUUUGGUUGGUGGGAUUACCAAUUCACCGAGGAUGCUUUCAAUAAUUUAAGUCUCUGCACAUCGGGCGAGGAAGCCUACCAGCUUUGGCGUUACAAGCCCGGCUUCCGAGUGACCGUUGCCGAAAAUCGAAAAUCGUUGGAUACUUGGAUAAAAAACACGAAAAAAGAACGAGAUCGGCAAGCAAAGCUCUCGCAAACGUUCAACGUGGAUUCGGCAGUGAAUUGCCAU